AUGUUUGAAUAGCAUUUUAUUUUAUUAAGUGCAAUAUUAAUUGGACUUUAUUUAAGGUAAGUGCAGUCCGAAUGUGAAAAAAGAAGGCUGGCAAGUCAUGAUAUAUUUUUUGCUAAGAAUGAUAAUAGUGCCUUAAUUGAGAGUGACUCUUAGGAGAGAUUCAACUUCGUGGAGAAUUAAAUAUAAUCGUCUUUUCUGAUUCUGAUAUAAGAAAAUGAGAAGAUAAUAUCAACUUAGUUUAUUGAAUCUCCUAAUGAUAACUUGGAAGCAGAGAAAUGGUUAUGCUAAUUAAUUUACACUUUGAACCAAUAUUACAUCUCUUGCACUGUAAGCAUUUAUAUUGAUGAAGAAGGAAAUACUUAUUAAAAACAUGAAGAAGACUAUUUUAGACUUAAGAUUGAAACAUCUCAAAAUGAAAAAUGCUAUCAAUUUUAUCUAGAAAAGAACUUAGAGUUUAUUGUAUUUUGCAAUGACUAAUAAAUUUUAAAUAUAUACUCUGUGAACCUACUUAAUGAAUUUAAGGUGGAAUUGUAAUAUGAUAAUAUAUUCUACCGAGAGGUAAAUUGUCUACAUUAAUCUCACAAAGUCGAUUUUGGAUACUAUAUUAUAUCCUAUUUCUAAUGUAUUAAUUGGAAACUCCUUAAGUAUCAAGAUAAACAAAUAUCCAUUUUAGCUGAUAGUUUGAUCCUCUAAUAGAAAGGUCUUGUCGAUAUAGUAUAAGAUGAUUAGAAUUAGAUUUAUUUUUGUGGAUAAUAAGUAGUGCUAACUGAAGAUGAUUCUGCUUAUAUAUUUAUGUUAGAAGAAUCAUUAAAUUUUUUUUAGACCGCAAAAUAUUUGGGAUACAAAAUUUUGAAUGUCCUAUUUUCAAAAUCUUGCAGUAUAGAAUACUACACAUUAAUAGCUAAAAUUGAUAAUUUAAAAUAAUUAUACAUAAAGUAAUUGGAAGAUAAAUAAUCUAUUGAUUAAUAAGCCCUGCAGACUUAUUUUGCAUUUAAUUAUUUAUUUAUUUUACGCUACGAUAAAUUAGAAAUAAUUUUACUUGAAAACAAAGGAUUCGAAAUUGUUUGUCAUCCCUCAAGUAUUGUUUUUAUAACUUAAUAUAAGAUAUUCUAUAUCAUAGAUGAAUAUAAUAAAUUGAUUAGUUUUUAUUACAUUAAAAAACUAGAUAACUAUUUGUUACCUACCAAAAGUUAUAUACAUGAAAUACCAAACUCCUAUUCGAUAACUUAUACACCUUAAUGUUAUGAGAUUAUUCAAGAGAUCGAUUAAUCAAAACUUUAAACCAUCUCAUAUGAAUUCAAAAAUGAAUGUUAGUCAAAUGAGCAAAUUAUUAUUUAGAUAAUUGACUACAAUUUUCCUAUUUAUUAGGAAUUUGCAAAUUAGGGAGAAUUUGAAAACGUCCUAAAGUAUAUUAUUGAGAAUGCAUAUUUGAAGGAUUUUUGUCCAAAUAUAGAAUAAUACUUAGAAGAAUUUGAUUUAUUGUUUUAUCACCCAAAAACCUUAGAGAAUUAUGCUAUUCUAAACUCGAAUGAUACACUCUAGAUUCUAUAUUGCACCAACUAAACCACAAUCUAAAAGGAUGUUAGAAACUAUAAAGUAAUUCAGUUUUAAGAAAGUAUCCUUUUGAUAAAGUAAAAGGAAUAAUCAGCAAAAAUAAUCUAUUAUUCGAUUGGGGUUAAUCAAUAAAAUGAAAUUCAAAUAUAAUCUUAAAUUAAACAAAUACUUUAAUUUAAAUAGUAUGUGAUAUUAGUUACUGAGAAUUAAGCAGACUUCCUUUUUUUGGACCUAUCAAAUAAUAAGUAAAAGAAGAUUACAAAAAAGUUAAAAUAAAUUUUGAAUUACUUUAAUAAUGAAGAAAACUAAAAUAAAUAGAUUAAAUUUUUUUUUGCUCAGUUCCAUUACUUUCAAUUGUAUUAAAUUAAUAAAUAAUUGGUAAUUGAUAAGUAUUAAGAAAUCAACAUCUAUGAAAUCAAAGAUAUAACCAUCAUUUAUUCUGGUGAAUCUAAGAGAAUAUCGAAUUUUUAGAUAAUUCCCAAUAAAUAUUUUGUUAUAGGCAUUCACAAUUAAUAUAGCAUCAUAAAAUAAUACAUUUUAGAUGAUUCUCUGAAAUUUUUAGAAAAUUAUUAGAUAGAUGGUUAUGAUUUCAUUAGACCUAUUAAAUUCUAAAAUUCUAAGGAAUAUCUAGCAGUUGCAUUGAAUUAAUUCGAUUAAAACUAUCUGUUUAUAUUUUCAAUUGAACAGCCUAUCUAGCUGAUCAAGAUUUUAAAAAUAAGUAAAUUAAAUUUUCAUUUACAGAACCAUCUAGUUUAUUACUACAACAAAGAUGAAGAAUAUUAGAUUUUCGAUAUCAAAUACUUUAAAAUUUCUUACUUGAAUCUUGCAGAAAAUUAACAAUAAAUAGUUUGGUAGGAAAAAAUACCAUUAUUAUUUAAACAUCAAGAGGAGGAAAUCUCUCCCAAUUAAUUAUUUUUGGACAUCCAAGUCAAUAAUUACUGUAGAAAAUUGAAUUCUAAAAAAACUGAAAUAGUAAUUUAAGUUUAAGAUGAAGAGAUUAUACGAAUUGAAGAUAUUGACAUGUUCUAAGGUCCCAUCGAUAAACUAAUGUUAAUGAAUAAUCUUAAAUUACAAUUAGUAGGGCCAUUUUUAUAAUAGUAAUAAAUAGAAGAAUGUGUAGAAUUAGAACAAAUUUGCAUUAGAAAGAUGGGCUUAGUACAACCUUGGAAUAAGGAUGAAUAAGCAUUAUUCUACAGUUUAAAAUAUUAUAAUAAAUAUAAGGUUCUGCCAUUUUAUUAUAAUCGAAAAUUGGAGAAUGGCGAAAUCAUCAUCAAAGAUGCUUACAUUUUUAGAAAUACUUAUGUCUUAUGCUUUUAUGAAAUAAGGAAGUUAGUGUAUGCUAAUAUCUUGUAAUUUAAUAAGACUUAAUUGUAUUAAUAAUUUUAACCUAUGUAAUUGAAGGAAUUUAAGAAUGGAGACUUGGAGUAUGCAUAAUUUUAUUAAUCAAAUAACUUACUUUUAAUUAAAUCAAACUCAUCACAAUUAUUACUAAAAAUAACUCAAAAUAAGAUUAGCGAAAUCGAAAAAAAUUUUGAUUUAUAUAAUAUGUUAUUAAUCGGAAAUUCUAAUGAUCAAUAUAUUGAAAUAAGAAUUAUCAAGAAAAUAUCUGAAUGCUAUUUCUUAUUCACUGUUUUUUAGUUAUUUAGCUUCAAUCUAUAAAUCUAAGAUUCGUAUAGGAUUUACUCUGACCAAAUAAUAAGUGCUCUUUCUCCACACAUUAGAAUAUAUAUUUAUUAAUUUGAUGAAUAUUUCAAAAAUUAAUUGCUUGAGGCAGUUCUUGUCGAAAAUCAAAUUGAAAUUAAGGUCUUACAAUUGACCUUGAGUUUCUCUGUAAUAAGCAAAAUUACAAUUAAUUUAGAUUCACCUGAUAAUAUAUCUUAUGAUGUUCAGAAGAUAAUGAGGCAUCCUAGUUCAUAAGAACUACUAACUUUUUAAUAUUAUGAUAGCAACACCCUUAUCUUAUCAAAUUCGAUUUCGAAAAAUUCCUAUUUAUAUGAUUUAAGAUAGCAAAAACAAUUUUAUGAUUAUAUUUUUAAAAUGGAUGAUAAUAUGCUAAAAUUGUACCCCUUAAAUACUACACAUUUUUUAUUUUAUUUUAAUGAGAUCAAUCAAUUCAAAAUAGGAUAAAUAGGAUUCGAAAUUUAGAGACUAUAAGAGCUGGAUGACGUUGAAACUUGUACCAUAAAGGCUUUGAAUUAGUUAUCCCAAUCAUAAUUCACAUUAAUUAUUAAAAGAUUUGUAUUGUUAUCAAAGGAAGCAAAAAUUGUGACCACGUCUGCAAUAUUACUUGGCUCACUCUAUUUGGUAAGAAGAAACAAAUUGAAACAGUAACGUGCCUAGAGCCAAGUAUUUUUAAACACAUAAAAUACAGGCAUCAACAAUGAUUGA